GCGGAUGCGGAUGCGGAUGCAGAUGCGGAGGUGGCGGCGGCGGUAGCGGCGGCGGCGGUGGCCGCCGCGGAUGCUGAUGCGGAGACGGGCGGGGGCUCCGGGGGGAAUCCGGACUUUCCUAUGGCUUCGCUGUACGUGGGCGACCUGCACCCUGAGGUGACGGAGGCAAUGCUGUACGAGAAGUUCAGCCCGGCCGGGCCCAUCCUCUCCAUCCGCAUUUGCAGGGACAAGAUCACCCGCCGCUCCUUGGGCUAUGCGUAUGUCAACUACCAGCAACCGGUGGACGCCAAGCGGGCCCUGGAGACCCUGAACUUUGAUGUCAUCAAGGGCAGGCCAGUGCGCAUCAUGUGGUCCCAGCGGGACCCCUCGCUCCGCAAGAGCGGGGUGGGCAACGUCUUCAUCAAGAACCUGGGCAAAACCAUCGACAACAAGGCGCUGUACAACAUCUUCUCGGCGUUCGGCAACAUCCUCUCCUGCAAAGUGGCCUGUGACGAAAAGGGGCCCAAGGGCUACGGGUUCGUGCACUUCCAGAAGCAGGAGUCCGCCGAGCGGGCCAUCGAUGCGAUGAACGGCAUGUUCCUGAACUACCGCAAAAUUUUCGUGGGGAGAUUCAAGUCGCAUAAGGAACGAGAGGCCGAAAGGGGAGCCUGGGCCAGGCAGUCCACCAGUGCUGACGUCAAGGAUUUCGAGGAAGACACCGACGAGGAGGCCACCUUGCGAUGA